CGCUGCUGUCUGACGUACCGCGAAGACCCAAGGCAGACGACGGAGUAACGGGCGGAGCAGUGUCGUUGAUAUGGUUCAACUUUGCGACCAAAUUCUGAGUCCGGCUUUCGUCUAUUGGGCGCCCAUUAGGGUGCGAAUUACGCAGUAUCGCUACUGGCGGCAUGUCCACUCCGAUCAAGCGCCUUCGACCCGUCAGGUCUGGAGGAGAAGUCGUGACCAGCUCAUCCUGGGCUCCAAAUACCUCCAGGUCACUUGGUACACAUACACCGGCUUCCUGUGGUGCAUGAAGGCAUGCCUACUGUUCUUCUACGAUCGCUUGAAGUUCAACCUUUGGACGUACGACUGGGUGUUCAAGGCGCUGUGCUGGGCCACCUUCCUGUCGUAUGUUACUGUGGUGCAGCCGCUCCCCUCGCCGGAGUGCCUCUUCCAGGGGCAGAACCUGAUCGUGAGCGUGGUGCUGAACAUUCUCACGGACGCGGCCAUACUGAGCCUACCCCUGCCUGUGCUCCAGGACCUGCGCACGCCGCCGCUCAAGAAGGCCCUGGUGGCGUUGCUGAUCUGCUCGGGCUUCUUCGUCAUCUCGGCCGCGGCGGUCCGACUGACCGCGACGCUGGACGCGGCGCCCUCGGCCGUCACCAUCAACAGAUGGGGCAUCCGCGAGUGUGAGAUCGGGCUGGUCGCCAUCAACACGCCCGUGCUGCGGCCGCUCUUCACGCGCAAGUUCUGGGCGCGCCGUAGCAGCGACAGCAGAAUCGGCGGAGAGGGCGAUAGAGGGGCCGGCGGUGCCGCGGCUCACCAUCACCACCACCGCGGAUGGGGACGUGGAUGCUGCUUCUUCGGCGUGACCUUGGACUCGCUCGCGGCCCCGGCGAGGACCAACGGGCGAGGGGGAGGAGGCGGCGGCGGCGGCACCUGGACCGUGGGUCACCUGCCGCAGCACGCGAGGACGGAUGCGGCCGGCGCGGCUCACGAGCAGCCGCCUUGCGGGAGACAGCAAAGAGGCUGGCGGAGGGCAGCCUGCCCCGGCGUCGCGACGGACCAGAUGGAGAGAGGGAGGCUGCCGGCGGAGAAGAGGGAGCCCCAGGAUGUGGCAGCUCGUAGCUACGGCACGCUCCGGAGGACUCAGCAUGCAAGCUGACACUUCGCCGGCCCACCGUGCGUGGGCCGAAGUAAAGAUCCCAGCCUACCGCCCCGGCCUCGACUGCACGCGAGGGCUGGGCUAGCGGAGAACCUAGAGAGUUCGGUGCUGGAUGCGACCCCGCGCGGACAGCGUGAUGAUAAGCUCCCGGAACGAUCGCAACCCAUGGAACCGCCCAG